AUGAAAGCCACUUUUAAAAAGGCGUUUGCAUACUGGAGUGCAGUGACACCCCUUAGAUUUAGGGAAGUAAUAAGCGGAAGGAGUGAUUUUACAAUCAGGUAAGUCGAAAUUUAUUUGUAUUAUCGUGUAUAUACAAUAAAUUACAUUAUACCUCUGACUCGUAUCAGUAUAGAUGUAUGUACUAAUUGGGACGAGUCAGAUUAUAUACCCCAAGAUCCAUGAAGGGCAGAGCAUGAAAGGUAAUCAAACCAUGGAGAACAUCACUAAAAAUUACAAUUGAUGUGUGUGAAGAGAAUCACAUGCUUUAUUAAUUAACUCCUGUUUUAGAGUCGGGACCAUUUAUAACUUUUUAAUUCCGGGACCAUCUAUAACUUUUUAAUUCAUGUUGCGAGAAUUAUGGUCAAUUUUUUAAAAUUCAGAAAUAUCAAUUUUGGAAGUGACUUACAAACUCUUAAAAUACUCAUUAAUAAUUCAUAAACCUUGUGGCAAAUCAUGUCAGCCAUAAUAUGUCACGUGGAGUGACUUUAUAUCUGAUAAAACACAUGUGGCAUUAUAUAAUUGUUCAUCCUAAUUAAUUAGCAUGAUUGUAUAAAGGUUCAUCCUGAUUAGUAUUCUUUUGUAGUCGUAUUUUAAGCUAUUCAAAACAUUCGUUGUCGUGUUUUAUCAGUAAAACGCUCGGCUGCGCCUCGCGUUUUAUAUCUGAUAAAACACUCCUACUCGUGUUUUAAAUAGUACAAAAACUACCGCCUUGCCCAACCUCAAACUUACUGUAUGUAUUCUGGCUUUCCAGGUUUGCAAGACGAUCUCACGGAGACAGUGCCCCAUUUGAUGGGCGUUAUGGCGUUUUAGCGCAUGCGUUCAUCCCCUCAGACGGCCGCAUCCACUUCGACGAAGAUGAAGAUUAUAGCGUCAAUGGAGAUAUCGUAAAUGGACGACCUGGAAUUGACCUGCUGUUCGUGGCUGUACACGAGAUUGGACACGCGAUUGGCUAG